AUGAAGAGCAACCUCGCAAUCGGUCUCGCGCUGAUUGCGCCCAGUUAUCAGGCGUACGUCUGGCCCAGCCAAUACGACCGCACCGAGGACCUGUUAUAUUUACAAAGCGGCUACAUUAAAAUCGGCCAAAUAUCUGAUCAAGUUCAGACGUGCGAUUUUGGCGCGGGUGCACCUGGUAUACAAAAGGCAGCGGAGUGGGUACGAACCGCCUUCCACGAUUCUGUGACACACGAUGCCUCUAAGAAAACUGGAGGACUGGACGCCUCGAUCCAAUUUGAGCUUGAACGACCAGAGAACCUUGGCCAGGCACUCAACAACACAUUAUCGGACAUGGCUGGCGGCUACGAUAUCCGCACCCCGAUGUCAGACCUUCUCGCAAUGGCUCUAGUUAUGUCAGUGGAUCGUUGUGCGGGCAUGCACGUACCACUAAGGCUGGGCCGGAAAGAUGCGACAGAAGCCGGUAUCAAAGGAGUGCCUGAGGCCCAUACAAGCCUCGAGACCACCCGCCAGCGAUUCGCAACUGCUAGUCUCAGUGAAGUCGAUAUGAUCACUUUGAUUGCUUGUGGGCACAGCAUUGGUGGCGUCCACUCCGUCGACCACCCUGAAAUUGUCUCUGGUCCUGUUAGCGAAGAGAACAAAGCCAGUUUUGACACCACCAAAGAUGUUUUGGACAACCAAGUGGUUGUGGAAUACCUUAACAACUCCACCACAAAUCCACUAGUCCGCAACGCCAACGAUACAUUGAACUCGGAUAAGCGUGUCUUCGCUUCGGAUGAUAACAAAACCAUGAGAAAGCUGGCAGAUCCAGCUUAUUUCAAGUCGCAGUGCGAGGAUGUCUUUACACGCAUGCUAAAUCUCGUCCCGGGAGACGUCACGCUCACCGAGCCCCUGCAGCCAGCAGACGUUAGGCCAUACCCUGUGAAAUACGAAGUCAAUGACGACGGAGGUGUAGACUUCAGCCUCCGCCUCCGUAUCCGUAUCUCAGAAGGUAGCGGUUUUGAUCCCGCAUCUCUCAACGCAUCUAUCAUUCCCAUCAAGCACGAUGGCACUCUAGGGGAGGAGAUCAAUGGUGUGAUGGCCACAAUGAUGGGGGGAACAUCGAGCGGCUACCAGAGGGAGCUAUUUCAAUGGUUCGAAGUCUUCCAAUCGCUCAACGCCAGCGACGUUUUUGACUCGUUUAAAAUCCGCGUCAACGGCAAAAUCUACGACAACGGCGGAACAGGUAGCUACCCUGUCAACGGCGAUGUGCUUUGGCAAUCAGCACAGACGUGCGCCAAUUUCCAUCCCGACCAGAGCAUCGACAUGACCUUUGUUGCUGCUAUUUCAAAGGCUCUGUUGGCUAAGGGAGCUACCCCACAAAUUCGCGUGGUCGAGAGGACGCGAGUCCCAGGAAAUGUUGUUCCUAAGUUGACCCCAGUCGUGCUCCCGAUGCAGCGUACCUCUCAAGAGAAAGCUGGAUACGUAUAUUACACUGUUGAAAGGAAAUUCGACAAUCAAACCGAAACUUCUACCUUUGAUUUGAUAGUGGGCGAUUCCAAGCUUGAGUACCUUCAAACAGGUAAUCUGAAUACGUGUCAGACUUCAGCAUAG